AUGCUACCGGUACAUUUUGGGCGGCCAGUCGUCAGUAACGACAUAUUGGAUGCUGGCCUUCGAGAGGCGCAGCGCAGGUACAGCGAAUUCGAGACGAGGAUAGGCGAAAAGCAAAAGGAGAAGACAACAGCCAUGAUCUCUUGCAUUAGGAAGUCCAAAAAAGAUUAUCAAACCGGCUAUAUCUAUGCUGUACAGAUCCAACAAAAUGAACUGGUCAAAGUUGGACGCGCUAGAGCUGCCAGUACGGAGCGACCCAUGGAUGUGCAGAAGUGCAGCUUCAAAGCUGCCAGUACGGAGCAACCCAUGGAUGUGCAGAAGUGCAGCUUCAAAGCUGGAAGAAUUUUCAGAACAGACAAUUUCGACGCAGUCUGCAAGGCUGAAAAACUGGUCCACCAUCUGCUCUCCCAGUGGCAUAGUCCUUUCGAAUGCACCAAAUGUACGAACGAUAGUGGGGCCCCAACGAAACACCGAGAAUACUUCAGCUGUGGGCUUUGGUUCGCUAUAUCAGUGAUCAAUCUUGUCACGUCCUGGUUUCUCAAGAAGCCUUAUGACAUAGAGGGUCAAGAAGGCUCUCUAAAAAAGGCGUGGGAAGAGGCCUUAAAAGCGUUCGAACAGAGUCAAGAGUCCCAGCAUCCCAUGGAGUGGUUCGAAUUUUUCCUCAUCGAUGUCGAAUCUCAACUUUCCUGGAAGUCACAUCUCCCAGCAUCGGGCACUCCGUGGCAUUUGCCUGCCACCCCAGUGCAACUUGUCCCCCACGGCACCUUGCACUUUGCAAGCCCAAAGCCGAAACCAGGCACACCCAAGAUCAGUCCUGCUGUUCCCCAGGUAUCAUCUCUGGCUCGUCAAGGACACCAAAGGAGGCGAUCAGAAUAUACGUUGCCGAGUCGUUCAGAGUCGGCUCCACCGAAGACAUUGUCACACGGGGAUCAAACUCCGUCACCCCCCGAGACGCCUUCAAAACCACCGAGAUCCGUCCCGCGCCGUCCAGGCAAAGGUCCGAAGACGGGUUCUUCCUCCAAUUCUAGAGGCGAGGAGGGGCAGAAAGGCCAGGGUCGGGAGGACGUGAGAGAGGUAGACCAAGAGGACGUGGUGGGCGAAGAUAUCAGACGAGAUGCUGCCGCUACCUCUAAAGAAGAUGGCGACGUCGAAGUGACUACCGCAGCUGCCAGGUUAACCCUCUCAGACGGCGGUCCAGAGACCGGUCUUCUGCUUAUCGAGCGUUUCCGUGUCUUGGUGGGGUUUUGA